AUGGCAGCAAAUGACGAUUUAAUUCUUUUUACAUUGCCCCGCAUCAAUCGGCCAGGGACUGAUCUGAUGAGAGCAAAUGCAGUAGACAAAUAUUUUCCUCAGCCAACUGAAUGGGCAAAUGCAACAAAAUCAGAUGUUUUAUAUGCUUCAGAUAAUACGAACUCCUUUCCACCCAUUUUGAUUGAAGUACAGUACAACGCGGAUGAUAAUUUUUUGCAUCGGCUUGUGCAAUAUUGUGAGGAAGUGAACAAGCAAUAUUCUACCGAACCAGUGGUCCUUGUUUUUGUAAUCAACAAAAUUAGGGAUAGCGUAAUGAGUAAAACCACAAAGGACCGCAAACAAAAAUUCCUACUUAAACUGCCAAGUUAUCCAUGGGCUAAAAAAUGUUUAUUCCUCAAUGAUUAUUCCAUUCACGACCAUUUGAAUAACAUACCCUUACAUCCUUUGGUUGCUCUAGGUGCAUUUUUAACUGCUCAAAAGGUAUCCAUUAUUGAUCACGAUCAACGAGACGAUCCAAUUAUCCAGCAGUUGUAUGGCAUAUCCAAACACGUUUUCGAACAUGUGGCCACCCGUGAGAAAACGACAGUUGAUGAUCUUUUGGGAUUGUGUGAUAAUACUCAAUCGAAAUUCCAAAAAUGCAAAGAAAUUCUUGAAGAUUUACCAAACAACAACUUGAAAAAGCGUGCUAUUGACUGUCUGAAUGAUGGUUUAAAUAUUAUAAAACCAUAUAAGGUUAAAUAUAUGUCUGAUCAAUCGUCAUCUUCGACAGCCUCUUCUCCAGCAGCCUCCUCUCCAGCCCUAAUACCCGCAGCUCCAUCAUUGUUAUUACCAGUCCUGUCAUCACUGACAGAUCCAUUAACGUCAACGAUUACACAAACUACUACACGGACUCCAAAAUCAUCAUCAUCCGAAAAUUGGACGUUUGUUGGCAAUUACAUACGAAGCCUUGGGAGUAACAAAAUGAAUUGGAAAGCUUACUACUUAAAAGGGCAGCGUCAAGGUUAUUUUGCAAAUUACACUACGCCAGCAAGUCUCAAAAAUGCUUAUCAACGUCGAAAGACCAACAAUGAUGAAAUGGAAGAAUAA